AUGGACUAUGAAACUCUGCUCUUGCCUCCACCCGCACUCCUUCCCUCAGCCAUCCUCGAUCAUCCUGAUCACCCAGACCACCCUCCGAGUCAGGCGUACUCUUGCCAGACUGAAGACCGCGGCUCGUCAUUCAUACUUUCAGGUCCCACACUCGCUGUGGUCGUCCUUUCUUUCGUGACUGGGUUAAGUCAGCUCCACGAGGCGAGAUUGGGAACGAUGGGUGGGGAUAGCGAGGGCUGUCUGUUGGCCGACAGCCUUCGAUUUAGUGCAAUCCGCGGUGAGCGAGUUACUGCUCGCUCAACUCAAUUCGGACUACUCUUGGUCUGGCAAAGCCUCCUCGGAGAGUGGUCUGGGUGA